UCGGGUUCACAAAAGAGUCAGCGCUGGAAUGAGAAAGUCGUGCGCCUCUUCUCUCUCUCUCGCUCACGGUAGCUCGUUUUCGCUAGUGCCAAGAGGAGGAGGUCGUUGGUCGUUCGUCGCCGCUCGCCUAUUUGCCACCAGCAAAGUCGUCUUCGUCUGAUUCUUCUUCUCCUUCUUCAGACACAUUCCAGCAGACGCGAGACAGAUUUUAAGAGUCCUUUGAAGAGUCCUACUCGCGGGUGCUAAAUCGUGUUGCUGUGAAAUAAAAGUGAACUUCCCAAAAAUGGGUUUUGGCAAAUCUAGACUGAAAUACUUUUUGCUGUGGGUGUUGUUCUAUGCGGGGGCAGAGACCAGGAGGGCCUCUGAAGAGGACCCCCGCCUGGGCAGACAGUUCAGGCCGACCAGGAGGGUCUUGGAGCCACUGGGCGCUGCCGCCGCCGCCCCUGACGAAGGGCUACAGGAGAGCAGGAGUUUCCCUGAAGAGGGCGAGGGAGAUCGACGAGGCUUUCUCAUACAGGAGGACAUCGGGAUCUUGACGAAGGCGCUGAACGACGAGGAUAACAGUUCCUUCGAGUUGGGGUCUGAUAUCCUUGGCGCCCGCAAGGGGGCGCGGUUCUUCCGGCACGAGGAGAGGGGCGUCGACGGACGGGUGAAGGGCCAGUACGGUUUCGUGGACGCCAACGGCGACCUCCACGUCAUCGCUUACGUCACGGAUUCCCUUGGACAUAGAAUACGAACAGAAACGCACAAAAUAGACGGUUACGGUCACGAGCUUACUAAGAUCCUCGAAAGUGGACCUUCCACUGCCGAGGUGAAAGACCACAUCAACAGAAUUCUGAGUGAACAGUAUUCUCAGGGUACUACAUCAGAAACAGCCGAAACUACAGGCAAACCGGAAAUAACGACAGCUGGGCUCCGUCGCACAACACGCAGCACGAACUUGCCGAGCGAUCAAGAACCGUAUUUUGACGAUGAGGAACCAGACGCAGAAACUACUGAGACGUUUCGAGAAGUGGAUACUUCCUCGCCAACGCUGUCAGAGCUCGCUAAAUUCGCAGCACUUGUCGAUCAAUCUGAGACCAGACGUACCCCACCCCGAACAUCCAAACAAAUUGCUAUUCCAAAAUCACUGACUGCUGCUGCUGGUUUACGUGCGUCUCUUCUUGAUGACAGAAGUGACUUUAGACGCACAAACUCUCACACUACUAGGAGGUUCCCUCCAACCCUAUCUUCUACGCUUUCUUCGUCAGCUCGAAGUGGAAACUCAAGAGUCGUUGUUCUGCAAAGUACACCACGCCCUGACAUCUUUACUGAUAUCUCAUCCAUCAGAAAGUUUGGAAAAGACCUUUCAUCAUCUCAGGUUGCCUCUACACAUCCUGUUUUUGCAGCGAGAGGAUUACCUCUGAAUCUUAAUGUCCCAACUCCUCAGAGCAAUUCCCUCUCCCAAGAACAGCAGCGGCAAAUUCGAGAUUAUCUGGAUCAAAUUUUGAGAGGCAGCGGUACUACAAACAUUGACGACGACGCUGACGUAGGAGACAUUCGAGAACUCGACGCCGGUGCUCUGCUUGAAGCUCUCGAAACUAUCAUCGCCAGAAGUCGCGAAUCCCGACCUAAGAAUAUUGCGGUCAUAACCCUUCCUGAAAGAAUUAUACAGCCCAAAGAGGACAGUCACAUCAUACAUGGAGAAGUGAUUGACGGUGGCAUCAUAAAUGCCAAGGAAUUUAUCUCUGAACAAAUAAACAGGAACAAAAAUCUAAUCAAUGGGGGGAUAAUUGAUGGGGGUAUCAUCAAUGAUGAUAUAAUAGGUGACAUUCCUAAAGACUUCAAUUCCGGUAAUAUUGUGAAUGGUGGAAUAAUUGACGGUGGGAUCCUAGAUGACAGUGUCAUCAACGGAGGUAUAAUCAAUGGUGGCUUUAUUGGUAUUGAGCAAUUCACAAAGUUUGGGGAACCAACUACUCCUGCCCCUUUUCGUAAUCGCGGGGUAGACAAGGAGAGACUAAUGAACCUCAUGGCAUUACAGAAGCUACUUUCGUCAGAUAAUGCAGAAACUUUCAUCAGCCUCCUUAACAUUGAGAGGGUUGUCCAGUCUGACAACAUUGACAGUUUAACUAAAACUAUGAUUUUAGACCGAAUGCUAGAAUCAGAUGAUGCGGAAAUUGUUGCUAAAGUGCUGAAGCUCAAAAGACUGGUAAGAACAAACACAAACGACCAACAAAUUAUGGAAUUGUUAAAAAAGGAACAGCUGGCGGAUGGUGCAGAGACAAAUAGAGAGCAAAUCCACCAGAAACAAAUGUCAGAUUCAUUUACUGAUGAAAAGCCAGACAGUAUGCAUGAAAAGAGUCUGAGGCCACAGUUUUCAAAAGGGACAGAUGAACCUUUAUCCAAAUCAGAAGGACAGCUAGAAAAUGAUACAGAGAAUCUACCGAGACCUGAAAAAAAAGAUAAGACCUUAAAUUCUGAGGUUGAAAUGAAAGAAACAAAGGCCCAAGAAUCCAAAUCAAUUAUCAGCAAUACGAAGAACCAGGAAAAUGAUGCUGAAACAUCAGAGCAACCUGAAGAUCAUGGAAAGGAUAUAAACUCUGAUUCUGUCAAAGGCAAAGACAGUGAUAUUGAAGUCAACUCAACAUCACCAAGAGAAAAAAAUGAAGUUAAUCCAAAUGUUCACCAGGACAGUACAGAGGUAACCCCUCGACCUACUGUUAUAAAAGGCUCAGACGCUAUCCGUAUCAUACCUUCACCAGACCUCUCUACAGGCAGACCAGGAGCUCUGAUUCAAAGAUUCCCAGUAUUUUCAGAGAGUCAGCGCCAAAGGUCAAGGCCAAAUACUGAUUCGAAUGUUGACUACGAUGCCUUUGAAGGGGAUAACGAUGGUUUUGCUCUGAUAACCCCGUUAGAUCAAAAUCUAAAUCCUCAGGCAAAUUGGGCCGUUCGUCCCUUUUCAAUAGCCUCACUUGCCCCACACCGCUCUCCUGUUUUUAUUAAUUCUACAGUUUAUGUCACCACUACUGCAGCUCCAAGCAUCUUGGGGUUUGAAGGCUCUCAGCCCCGAUUAAUCAGGCCUGACCUCACAGGAACCGGAAAAUCUGAGUCUUCAAGACCUUUGCUUAAUCGACCUCGACUGAACAAUAAUAACGCUCCCUCCACUCAGACUGAUGCCGACUUACAGAGCGAGGUUGAAUCACAGGGUGAUGAAAAUCCCUCAAGUAUAAAUGUCAGCAAGGAUGAAAAAGAGACUAACAUCAAUAGUAGCAGUACUUCCAGCACAGCAAAAUCUCAGGAACAACCAGUUGCAAGAACGAUUGUUGAAACGCAUGCAAAUUUAAAAGCAACUACUCCUCCAACAAGUCAACCAACAUCCGAGGCGUCUUCUGCACAGCCAGCACCUACGAAUGCUCCUGCAUCUAAUGGCUCACCACCUCCCCCGACAUAUCCAACAACUCCAGCACCAGUUGUACCAGUUGCAGCCUCGCCGCCAACAGCAUCACCAUACCCAAAACCUUAUCAGUUACCAAAUGACCCCGUACCUGGUGUUCAGGGCGUCCAAAUAAACACACUGCCUGCACUUCCUCCAAUCAUUGAGAAUUUACCUCCAAUCCAUGUGACAACUGUCAUACCUCCUACCUUCCAUCACCAUCAUCAGCCACACUUAACAACACCAUUGCCUUACCACAAAAGGGGUUUUUCCCAUUCGCCAUUUACUAACGUGGCGCAUUUCCACCAAAGAGUUCACACAAGACAUGGAAGGGAAUUUCCUCUGCAUCCAAGGAAUUUGGCUCAUUCUCCUCCUUCCAACGACCUAUCUCAUGACUUAACUCAUGACCGACCACCUCCUCCUCGCGAAUUACCAAAGGAAAAUCAAGGGGACUCUUCUCGUGGCCAAGAUGGCUCGCACGGGCAACUUAAAGAAGGGCCCUUCAUUCCGAUCCAUACCUCAACGCACACUAUAUCAUCAGGUCCGCAUCACGUUUUCAUCCAGAAGAACCUCCCGAGACACCUGGCAACGGGCCAUUCUGUUCGCCCUACUGGAAAGGCCCAUCGCAUCAGGGAAGCCACGAGAGUGGAGGACAUCCAGCCUGUUCUCCAUGAUGGACCAUCGCUCAUUCCUACCACAGCGCCGGCUUUCCGACGAGGCAGAGCAUUGUCCCAGAGGUUACCCACCUACGGCCUGAGGCGUAGACAUGGCAGAAGAGCAGCUAACAGGAGGAUGGGGUCGGGUCUUGGGAUGUGGUGACCGUAAACCCUUAAAAUAUGGAUUUAAUUUAUAAUCAAGGUUACUCAUUUUGUAUGUAUAGUGGCAAGUUAUGUCUGGGUUGGUUGUGAGAUUCGAUGCCGUACUUACCUAGCUUAAUACCCUUUUCUAUAGUCAUUAUUACCACAGAUGUUAGGAAUCUGUGAAAAAGAUACGGAGAAUUUUUUCAAAAGCUUACUCAGCUUCCAUUAUUGAAAUUAAUCUUACUAUUGAUUGGGAAAACGCAUUGACUAGGAUAGAGAUUUUUUUCGACAAAAGGAGAAAAUCGAUGGUCCAGCUCUCUGUGUAGAAGAGACAUGACUAUGGCCUCUGUAAAUAGCUGUAGACUUUAAGAUAUCUGUCACCAGUGUUGUACGGAUUCGUGUUCAUAAUAGUGUAUUAUAUUUUAUUAUAUUAUUGCACAGCCUCAGAGUUGUAUUACGUAAUAUGAGCAUCUAAUAAACAUCAUACUGA